AUGCCUCGAGUCACGCCCGGAAUCUGGUCUCUCCCAAGGUCUGCUUUACGCUUUCAAUCACGACCUGAAACCUAUCGCACCCUAUACUCUGUGUCAUCUGUAGCGUCCAAGCCACACCACACACAGCGGAAAGUCGGGCCAUCACACUCCGCACAACCGGAAAUCAGAUACAAAGCCUUUCAUCUGAGCCGCAAUAUGUCUACAUCGGCAAUUCCGGACCGCUACAAGCUAGUCUUCUUUGUCCCGACAGAGAACGCAGAGCCCUGCAAGGAAGCUAUCUUUGCAGCUGGCGCAGGGUCCUUCCCAGGUGGGAAGUACACCAGAGUCUGCUUCGAGACAGUUGGAACUGGCCAAUUCUUACCCAGUGCAGGCGCAGACCCAGCAGUCGGUGCUGUCGGUGUUUUGGAGCGAUGCGAGGAGCUUAGGAUCGAGAUCAUGUGCUUAGGGCGGACUGUCAUGCUCAAUGCAGUCGAGGCUCUAGUUGCAGCGCAUCCCUAUGAGCAGGUCGCCUAUGAGGUGUAUAAGAUGGAGAAUGUUUAG